CUCCACAGAUUAAAGAGGAAGAGGAGGAACUCUGCUCCAGUCAGGAGGGAGAGCAGCUUGUACUGAAGCAGGAGACUGACAGACUGCUGGACAUCGUUUGGAAACCUGAAAAAUAUCUAUGCAGGACAGAGCUCCCACAGCAACAUGUCUGUAAGGAGGAGGAGGUUCUCACUGACCGGCAGUUCUGUGACCAGGAGAGGAACUCCAGUCUGGACCAGGAGGACCCAGAGCCUCCACAGAUUAAAGAGGAAGAGGAGGAACUCUUCACCAGUCAGGAGGGAGAGCAGCUUGUACUGAAGCAGGAGACAGACAGACUGCUGGACAUCGUUUGGGAACCUGAAAUAAAGCUAUGCAAGACAGAGCUCCCACAGCAACCUGUCUGUAAGGAGGAGGAGGUUCUCCAGGAUCCAGAGCCUCCACAUAUUAAAGAGGAAGAGGAGGAACUCUGCAGCAGUCAGGAGGGAGAGCAGCUUGUACUGAAGCAGGAGAAGGAUACCUUUAUGUCAAUAACUAUUAAUGAGGAAAGUGACCAUCAGCUUCUCUCUCACAACUCUCCUGUAGCUGUGAGCCAAGCUCAGAAAGGAAGCAAGCAUGUAGACCCAGAAUCAAAAAGUCACUGUAACACACAGACAGGCAAAAAGUCUUUCACAUGUGACACUUGUGGAAAGGUUUUUAAAAAUAAGUCCACUUUGAAAAUACAUCAGAGACACCACACAGGUGAGAGGCCAUACACUUGUAAAAUAUGUGGGAAAGCUUCCAGAUAUAACAGUAUGAAACUCCACAUGAGGACUCACACGGGUGAAAAGCCGUAUUCUUGUAGCUUCUGUGGGGAAAAAUUCAGUCGGACAUUCACAUUGAAAACUCAUUUAAGAACUCACACAGGUGAGAAGCCAUAUUUUUGUGAAACGUGUGGGAAAAAUUUCAGAUCAAGCACAGGCCUUUUGAUCCACAUGAGAACCCACACAGGGGAGAAGCCGUACACCUGCAACACAUGUGGGAAAAAAUUUAGUGAUGGGUCAGCCUUCAAUAAGCAUACAAAAACCCACACAGGUGAGAAGCCAUACACCUGCAACACCUGUGGGAAAAAAUUUAGUAACAAGUAUGACUUGACUAAGCAUACAAGAACCCACACAGGUGAGAAGCCUUAUUGUUGUGAAACGUGUGGGAAAGGUUUCACUUCCAGUACACGCUUGUUGGUCCACAUGAGAACCCACACAGGGGAAAAGCCAUUCACCUGCAACACCUGUGGGAAAAAAUUUAGUGAGAAGUCAGUCUUGAGUAAGCAUACAAAAAUCCACACAGGUGAGAAGCCAUACACCUGCAACACCUGUGGGAAGAACUUCAGUAACAAGUAUGACUUGACUAAACAUACAAGAACCCACACAGGUGAAAUGCUACAUUUUUGUGAAACAUGCGGGAAAGGUUUCAGUACCCGUACAAACUUGUUUAUCCACAAGACAAUCCACACAGGUGAGAAGCCUUAUUCUUGUGAAAUAUGUGGGAAAGAUUUCAGAACUUCUUAUGAAUCCUUGGUCCAUAUGAGAACCCACACAGGUGAGAGGCCGUACACCUGCAACACAUGUGGGAAAAAAUUUAGUACCAACUCAGACUUGAGUAAGCAUACAAGAAUCCAUACAGGUGAGAAGCCAUAUUCGUGUACCAUCUGUGGGGAAAAAUUCAGUUUCAGACCAACAUUGAAAAUUCAUUUAAGUACUCACACAGGUGAGGAGCCAUAUGUUUGCGAAACAUGUGGGAAAGGUCUCAAAUCAAGUAAAGGCCUCUUGAUCCACAUGAGAACCCACACAGGUGAGAAGCCAUACCUUUGCAACACCUGUGGAAAAAGAUUUAACAACAAGUCAGCUUUGACAAGGCAUACUAGAACCCACACCGGUGAGAAGCCGUACCCCUGUCACAUCUGUGGGAAAAGAUUCAGUCUGAAAACACACUUGGUAAGACAUGUAACAAUCCAUACAAAUAAAAAGUCAUGUACUCGCUGAACAUGUCGGAGAGCUUCAGACUUAAUGGGGAAUUGACAGUCCACAUGAGUAGAGCAUUGAAAAAUGGCCUUGGAAAAAUCUUUUUUUUUUUUUUACAAUGACUGCAGAGUUUCUAAGAAUAUAAAUGACUGAACUUUGAAAUGUUAAUGUUUUUAUACUGUACCAUAGGUAUAGGGGUGGACAAAAGUCUGUGUUGAAGCUGAGUAAUCCUCAAAUGCUGUUGAGUCACAUGUGGUCAUCUUACCAACAAGUUUUUUUAUCUAGACCAUGUCGUUUCAUUUGAUAUUUUAAAAAUAAUUUUCUGAUUGAAUCAGUUUGAUGUA